AUGAGAAGUAGUGCUAAUUUUUUUUUAGCGAAUAGUAGUAGCGGCGGACUUUCGAAAUAUCGCCCCCGAUUUCGGCCGAGAAGACUUGUGCUGCCGGUAAAUCCUUCUGAUGUGCAUAGCAUUAGUCGAGCGAAUAAUCCCAUGUACGCGAAAUAUCAAGAGGGUAUUCGAUUGAGAAGGAGGGCGGAGCGCCGCGGUGUAAUUGCACUUUCUUUCGUUCCGUCUGAACGCAGCGUGGGUGAUGCUUUUCGGAUUAUGGUUGAGGUGUGUGAAAAGGAGGGGUUCUUCGAGUCAAAGUCGUCCACACCAAAUUAUCUCCGUAAAGUACGUGAAUUAAUCAAGCGCGCUGAGACGGAAUUAGGGACCGGGGAAAGAGUCAAAAAUACGUCCGCGAACCCAUCUUUUUACGACAUUGGCUUGUCAGAAGCGAGGGAUUUAUCAAGAAACGCAGAUAAAUCACGUCAUGCUGAGGGCAAUAUCGAAACGAGGGAGAUAGACUCACUGUGGAGUCUACUAAAUGCUACUCCACUUGAUUCCCCCGUUCAUGGGAUUUUGGCCUUGAGGGGAAAGGCCCUCCUUGAAAGUAUAAUUGCUAACACCGUACAACAACAAUAUCCACGGCUGCGGUCAAAGCACUUGCAGGAAAUCAUACAUGAGUGUUGUAGUCUUUUGGCAUGUGGAAGAGCCGCGUUCCGUCUGGGAUUCGCUGACGUUUGUGGAAUUAAUGGGGAGAUAAACAUGUGGCGUGAACUCAAUGUCCUCACUGAGAGGUUCAAUACCGCACGACAUAAGGCUGCUGCUCACCUCCAACGUGUGGAGAAAGGAGUGACACAACAAAGACGAUGGUAUUGGAGGGGCGUUCUCAGGUCUUCAUCUAAGCGAUUGAAACAGUUCCCUGUACGUCAAGGUGAUUUACUCCCCCGAAUGGAGUGGAUAAGGGAGUCUGUGUACGCGUUCGUUGCCUUUGUGGAUCUGGCAGAAAAAUCAGGUGACAAUGUCCGUGUAGUGCCACUGAUUGAAAAUCUGUUCUGUGGUCAAAUAUCCUCGUUUGUAAGCACCAACCAGACACUUAAGAAGGCGCAUAGGAUGGUUGAUAUGCUGUCAAAAGCAAGAAUUGAAUGUGAUGCCACAACGGAAAAAGAGAAAAUACAACAAUUAGAGUCUCUUUCUACUGACAUUGAAAAUGAGCUUGCCGCCCUCGAACAAUUCACUGAUGACGAGUUAGGAGUUAUGAGCCGUGUCGUUCAUCCGCUUAAUGCUCGGAGCGACAACCGGAAAGAGCAGUUUUCGUCCAGUGGUGGUGCCCAUGCGGUGCAAAGUCUUAGGGAUGACAUCUUCGACGAUUACCGGGUAACUCGUCACAACAAAGAGGCGCCCCCUAUGGUGAUCAACUGUAUGCGCCCACAAAAUGCUCUGAAAGAGGCUCAAAUCAUUCUCCGCUACGAUCCGAAUGUGUCAGAAACAUUGUCGUCAUCUCCUAUAGAUGUCGACCAGGUGAUCCGAAGGGUCACUGAGGUACACGAAACCAAUUCUUACGCUACGCUUUACAAUUUCCAGCAGUUUAGGCAGGUUGAAUAUACGGUUUGCCGGCUUUACGCAGGAAAGCGUUGUAUUGGCCAAGGAAAAGGCGAAACCCUGAUGGAAGCAGUAAACGAAGCGGCCCAGCACACACUUCUUAAUUAUUAUCUUAAAGACGUGAGCAAUGCGAACUCCCGUGAAAAAGAAGAGGACGCUGUCACCGAGGCCUUCAGUGCCACUCCACCUGAGUUGACGGAGGUCCGCGUCAAAGAGGCUACGGAGGAAGAAGUUAUUUUUUGA